CCCUCCUUCCCUCACCCCCCACCCCUCCGGUAACCUGAGCACCCCCCCCACCCCCCCAUUCCCAAAUUCCUUCGUUGGCUGCGGCUCCCGGCUCGCACGUGGUUGGAUUUAGGGGAUUUCUGCGGGUGGGUUUUUUCCUCCUGUGCUGCUCGGUUUGGAUUACUUUGAUUUAUUUAAUUAUUAUUUUUAUUUUUUUUUUGGGGGGGGGACCACGGGGGUGGCUCCGAUCUGCCCCCCCCCCAUCAAUCCUGCCCCCCCCCUCACAUCGGCUUUCUGGCUGCUCUUUCCCCCCCCCCCCUGCUGUAACUCCCUCCCUCCACCUUGCCAUGGCCUCUCCGGAGAAGAUGCACCCUGGGCCGGCUGCGCUGCUCUGCUGCCUCUGCUCCCUGCUGCUCCCCGCUCACAGCAGGGGACCAGCCCCGAGCCCUGAGCCCACCGAGCCCCCUGGUGCCAUCACGCUGCCCGUCAGCUACCGCUUGUCCAACACCCGCUUGGCUUUCUUCCUCAAGGAGGUGGGCGCCAGCCCGGCGGGCAACGGCAGCGCCCCUCUGCAGCGGGCCGAGCCCUUCGUCGUCUUCCAGACCAAGGAGCUACCCGUCCUCAACGUCAGCCUGGGGCCCUUCAGCACGGGGCUGGUGCUGCCCAAGGAGCAGCUGCAGCCCUCCAGCACGCUGGAGGUGCCCGACCGCCUGACGGUGAACUGGAAGGUGCGCGCCUUCAUCAUCCAGCCGCGGCUGGUGGCCAGCCAGCCUGUGGUCCAAGUGCUCUUCUACGUGGCCGGCCGGGACUGGGAUGACUUCGACGUCACCGACAGGCUGCCCUGCGUGCGGCUUCACGCCUUCCGCGACGCCCGGGAGGUCAAGAGCUCCUGCCGCCUGCGGGGCGGGCUGGCCAUGUGCCUGGUGCAGGCGGAGCUGCCCCACGCCUGGUUCGGGCCUCCGGCGGUGCCGCUGGGCAGGAGGAAAAGCCCGGAGAGCCUGGAGGUGUCGGGAGAAAGCCAGCAAGCUGAGCUCUACUACACCUUGCACGCUCCCGACGGGGCUGGCCAGUGCCUUGGGGAGAUGCUCCCCCGGCGGGGGCCUGGGGGAGCCAGGACAGAGGGUCCCACGCAGCACCCGCUGCUGCGCAUCGGCAGCGUCAGCCUGCUGCAGCCGCCCCCCGGGCAGCCCAUGCAGGAGCACCGGCUGGACGGCAACGUCUUCAUCCGCCUGCCCGACAGGCCCCUCAAGCCGGGGGAGGUGCUGAGCAUCCUCCUCUACCUGAUGUCCAACUCCACGGUGGAGCACUUCACGCUCAGGGUGAAGGCCAAGAAAGGUGUCAACCUGCUGAGCACCAAGUCGAGGAGCGGGCAGUGGCUGGUGAGCUCGGAGCUGCUGACGGGCGGCAAGCAUUCCACUGCCACCGUCGAUGUGGCCAGGGUGGACGGUGCUGGGCCCAGGGAUGAGGACUUCUCCUCUGAGAUCAUGCAGCUGGACUUUGAGAUGGAGAACUUCACCAGCCAGUCGGUGACGCGCCGCAUCAUGUGGCACAUCGACUACCGCGGCCGCAACCCCCCGCCCGACCUGGAGAAGGUGGUGACAGAGCUGACAGUCAUCCAGAGGGACAUCAGAGCCAUUGUGCCCCUGGCCAUGGACACAGAAAUCAUCAACACAGCCAUCCUGACGGGGCGGACUGUGGCCAUCCCCGUGAAGGUCAUCGCCAUUGAGCUCAGCGGUGUCGUCGUGGAUGUCUCAACCAUGGUCGAGUGCAAGUCCAACAAUGAAGACAUCAUCAAGGUCUCCAGCAGCUGUGACUAUGUCUUCGUCAGCGGGAAGGAGUCGCAGGGCUCCAUGAGCGCCCGAGUGACCUUCACCUACGAGCACCUCUCUGCCCCCCUGGAGAUGACAGUGUGGGUGCCCAAGCUGCCACUGCACAUCGAGCUCUCAGAUGCCCGUUUGAGCCAAGUGAAGGGCUGGAGGGUGCCCAUCCUGCCGGACAGGAGGUCCGUGCGGGACAGUGAGCAUGAGGAGGAUGAAGAGGAGCGGAAGCAGAGCCGGGGCUGUGCCCUGCAGUACCAGCAUGCCACCCUGCAGGUCUUCACCCAGUUCCACACCACGGCAGCAGAGGGCACAGGGCAGGUGGUCACCAUGCUGGGGCCUGACUGGCUGGUGGAGGUCACCGACCUGGUCAGCGACUUCAUGCGCGUGGACGACCCACGGGUGGCACACCUGGUGGACAGCUUCACCCUGGCUGGGAAGGAGCCAGGCACCACUCUCUUCAAGGUGGUGUCCCCGCUCAUGGAGGCGGUGCUGGGUGAGACGCUGGUGACAGUGGCAGAGGAGAAGGUCAGCAUCACAGACCUGAAGGCCCAGGUGGUCUCCAGCCUCUCACUGUCCCUCCACCCCAGCCCUGGCAAUAGCCACACCAUCAUUGCCCGGACAUCCGUGCAGCAGACCCUCAGCUUCUUCAAGCAGGAAGCGCUCCUGAGCCUGUGGAUUUCCUACAGCGACGGCACCACAGCUCCCCUCUCCCUCUACGACCCCAAGGACUACAACCUGGUGGUGAGCAGCCUGGAUGAGAAGGUGGUCUCGGUGACCCAGGACCGGGCGUUCCCCCUGGUGGUGGCAGAGAGCGAGGGCGUGGGGGAGCUGCUGCGGGCUGAGCUGAUCAUCUGCGAGAGCUGCCAGAAGACCAAGCGCAAGAGCGUGCUCUUCACGGCCCUGGCCAGCGUGCGGGUCCACUUCGGCUCCGAGGAGGACCCCACCUACGACUACGACCAUGUGCCCAGCAAGCCAGGGCUGGCAGAGGCCGGGGCAAGCACCACCCUGCGGGCAGAGGUGGAGAGGAAAGCGGAGCCCAGCGAGGACAGCAAGAUGUCCAGCGCCUCUCACCCCACCGAGGACUUCCCCACCAUCCCCACGGGCUUUGUGCAGGUGACCAGGGGGCUGACGGACCUGGAGAUAGGCAUGUACGCCCUGCUGGGGGUCUUCUGCCUGGCCAUCUUGGUCUUCCUCAUCAACUGCAUCGUCUUUGUGCUCAAGUACCGGCACAAACGCAUCCCGCCCGAAGGCCAGACCAACAUGGACCAUUCCCACCACUGGGUCUUCCUGGGCAACGGGCAGCCCUUGAGGGCUCACAAUGACCUCUCCCCCCAGCCCGAAAGCCCCGGGAACCCUUUGGAGAACGUCCAGACCUGCUGCCACGGGGACCACCACAGCAGCGGCAGCUCGCAGACCAGCGUGCAGAGCCAGGUGCACGGCCGCGGGGACGGCUCCUCGGGGGGCUCCACGCGGGACCAGAGCGAGGACCCCCUCAACUCGCCCACCUCCAAACGGAAGCGGGUGAAGUUCACCACCUUCGCCACCCUGCCCGCCGACGACUUGGCCUACAACUCCAUCCCCAUCGCCGACGAGGAGGACUUGGAGUGGGUCUGCCAGGACAUGGGGCUGCAGGACCCUGAGGAGCUUCACAACUACAUCUGCAGAAUCAAAGAGAUCGCUUAACGCAGGGGCAGAGGGGAUGGGGGGGGUGGGGGAGGUGGGGGGGGAGGGAGGGGGAUGGGAGGCUGCCACGCCGUGCCGUGCCGUGCCAUGCCAUGCCGUGCCGUGCCGUGCCACACCGCGCCAUGCCACACCACGCCGGCUGCUUCCCUGGGGCUGGAGACCCAUUUUUUGGCUCUUGAUCUUGCACAUUCCCUCUUCUGCACACCUCACAUCUGCACCCCGUCAGAAGGCACUCCUCAGGAGCCUUUCCUUGCCCUUUGCUCUUGGCUUGUCCCAGGGGUGGCAUCAGCACGCACGUGUGGCCUCCCUCCCAGGCCCCUGGCAGGAGUGGGGGGCACAGAGGGAGGGGGGUCAAGACCUUGGUGUGUGCACUGCCUGGCCAGUGGUGAGUGAAUGGGGCAGGAGGAUGCUGUGGGUCCUGCUGCACAGGGGCAAGACCUUGGUGUGUGCAUUGCCUGUCCAGUGGUGAGUGAAUGGGGCAGGAGGAUGCUGUGGGUCCUGCCGAACAGGGGCAAAGCCUUGGUGUGUGCACUGCCUGCCCAGUGGUGAAUGGGGCAGGAGGAUGCUGUGGGACUUGCUGAACAGGGGCAAGACCUUGGUGUGUGCACUGCCUGCCCAGUGGUGAAUGAAUGAGGCAGGAGGAUGCUGUGGGUCCUGCUGCACAGGGGAUGGAAGGAGGGAGGUCAAGACCUUGAUGUGUGCACUGCCUGCCCAGUGGUGAAUGAGGCAGGAGGAUGCUGCAGGUCCUGCUGCACAGGGGAUGGAAGGAGGGAGGUCAAGACCUUGAUGUGUGCACUGCUUGCCCAGUGGUGAAUGAGGCAGGAGGAGGCUGCAGGUCCUGCUGCACAGGGGAUGGAAAGAGGGAGGUCAAGACCUUGGUGUGUGCACUGCCUGCCCAGUGGUGAGUGAAUGGGGCAGGAGGAUGCUGUGGGUCCUGCUGCACAGGGGAUGGAAGGAGGGAGGUGUCCCACCCUUUGCAGGAGCCCAGCAGUGAGAGGUGGAUGAGGACUCCCCAGAGGUGACCUCCCUGCCUUUGCUACACUCAGUUGCACAAUUUUGGAGGUGGGUGCUGGGUCAGGGAGUUGCCACCCCCUCCCCCACGGGUGUUUGGGGGUGGGCUCCCCCACCCAAAGCCCACUGCCCCCACACUACGGGUCAGGCUGGGUGUGGCAGGAGGGCAGGGUGGCUGCUGGGGAGCUGGAGCCCCCAUGGCUGUGAGGCUGGGACCCCAAUGGUGCCGUUCCCUGCUGCAUCCCACCCCUCAGCAUCAGGGUUGCCCUUGAGAUGGGCUCUGUGGGGUGGGGACAGUAACCUCUGCCACAGGAGCAUCCCCUGGAGCUGCCUCUGUGCCCCAGGCAGGGGCAGUUUGGGGGUGCCCAUCAGCCUGUAAGCCUGCCUUUGCCUGUCCCUCUGCUUCCAGCUGUGAGGCCAGUGUUGGACUGAGACUUCCCCCAAGGGCAAGCUUAUGGUUUGUGGGCCCUGCUUGCUGGGAUGAGGCUCCAGGACCGGGGUUGGAGCAGAGGCUACCCCCAGCUUUGGAGCCAAGCCAGAGUGCAGACAUCUACCACCAGACCUGGUUCGAGGCUCCCAGUACCGACCCAGCAGGGAUACCCAGAGCCAGGCUCAGCCUUCGCGGUGCCUUCUGACUGCUGUAACCCAACGCUUCCCUGCUCACCCCACGCUGGCAGCAGCUCCUGGACACUCCCACCUGCCUGAGAGACCCCUUAGCCAGAGGCUCCCCCAUCUGCCAGCCCACUGCAGAGGAUGGGGUGCCAGGGCUGGGGGUCCUGGGCUCUGCAGUUGUACCCACGGGCACUGAGCAUGUGGGGAUGUGUCCCCCGUGGCAUCAGCCAGUGGAAGGGGGGAGGUGGAGGCUGGCAACAGAUGAUUUCUGGAUCAGAAGUUACCCACCACUGUGUCUCCUUUUUUUGGUUUUCCUUUUCUUUUCUGAUAUUUUUUUCCUUUUAUUUUUUUUUCCUUUUCUUUCUUUUUUUUUUUUUUCCCCCUUUCUUAAAUAAAAGACCAGAAAAGAUAAAAGGAAACAAAAAGCUGAA